UGGCGGCGGCGUUGGUGGCGGCAGUGGACGGGGCGGCUGGGCCUGGAACAGUCGGAGCAGCCGCUGGCAGAAGGAUGACCCAAGACGGGAAGCGGGCUGCUGAGCCUCGCCGGCUCCCGUGCUUGUAACUGCCCCAGCCGGACACCCCCCCCUUGACCUACCCGCCCUUCAGUGAAUCAACCGACCUAUUUUCUCAGGAGCUCAGCCUGGCCCAACUUCAGUGAUAAAGAAGGAAAGGCUGGCUACGGUAAACAUCGUUCAAGAUGUCCAGCAAAGGGAACGGCGCAGAAGGCAAAACAGACUUGGCCAACGGAAGCCUGUCUAGCAGUCCAGAGGAGAUGUCUGGCGCUGAGGAGGGGAGGGAGACAUCCUCAGGCAUUGAAGUGGAAGCCUCAGACCUGAGCUUGAGCUUGACUGGGGAUGAUGGUGGCCCCAACCGUGCCAGCACAGGAAGCCGGGGUACAGAUACGGAGAGCUCAGGUGAAGACAAGGACUCUGACAGCAUGGAAGACACUGGCCAUUACUCCAUCAACGACGAAAACCAAGUCCAUGACCGCUCAGAGGAAGAAGAGGAAGAAGAGGAGGAGGAGGAGGAAGCGCACCCUCGGCGCCGUGUCCAGCGGAAGCGGGCCAACCGUGACCAGGACUCAUCAGAUGAUGAGCGGGCCCUGGAGGACUGGGUGUCUUCGGAGACAUCCGCCCUGCCUCGACCUCGGUGGCAAGCCCUUCCUGCCCUUCGGGAGCGGGAGCUGGGUUCUAGCGCCCGCUUUGUCUAUGAGGCUUGCGGAGCAAGAGUCUUUGUGCAGCGUUUCCGCCUGCAGCAUGGGCUUGAGGGCCAUACUGGUUGUGUCAACACCCUGCACUUUAACCAGCGCGGCACCUGGCUGGCCAGUGGCAGCGAUGACCUGAAAGUGGUGGUUUGGGACUGGGUGCGGCGGCAGCCAGUGCUGGACUUUGAGAGCGGCCACAAAAGCAAUGUCUUCCAGGCCAAGUUCCUUCCUAACAGCGGUGACUCCACCCUGGCCAUGUGUGCCCGUGACGGGCAGGUGCGGGUAGCAGAGCUGUCUGCCACACAGUGUUGCAAGAACACGAAGCGUGUGGCGCAGCACAAGGGAGCGUCCCACAAGUUGGCCCUGGAACCGGACUCUCCCUGUACGUUCCUGUCUGCAGGUGAAGACGCCGUUGUUUUCACCAUUGACCUCAGACAAGACCGGCCAGCUUCGAAACUGGUGGUGACAAAAGAGAAGGAGAAGAAAGUGGGGCUCUAUACGAUCUAUGUGAAUCCUGCCAAUACCCACCAGUUUGCAGUGGGUGGACGAGAUCAGUUUGUAAGGAUUUACGACCAGAGGAAAAUUGACGAGAAUGAGAACAACGGAGUGCUCAAGAAAUUCUGUCCUCACCACCUGGUGAACAGUGAGUCCAAAGCAAACAUCACCUGUCUUGUGUUCAGCCACGACGGCACAGAGCUCCUGGCCAGUUACAACGACGAAGACAUUUACCUCUUCAACUCCUCUCACAGCGACGGGGCCCAGUAUGUGAAGAGAUACAAGGGCCACAGAAAUAAUGCCACAGUAAAAGGCGUCAAUUUCUAUGGCCCCAAGAGCGAGUUUGUGGUGAGCGGCAGUGACUGCGGGCACAUCUUCCUCUGGGAGAAGUCCUCCUGCCAGAUCGUGCAGUUCAUGGAGGGGGACAAGGGAGGCGUGGUAAACUGUCUUGAGCCCCACCCUCACCUGCCUGUGCUGGCAACCAGCGGCCUAGACCAUGAUGUCAAGAUCUGGGCACCCACUGCUGAAACUUCCACUGAGCUGACGGGGCUGAAGGAUGUGAUUAAGAAGAACAAGCGGGAGCGGGAUGAAGACAGCUUGCACCACACUGACCUGUUUGAUAGCCACAUGCUCUGGUUCCUCAUGCAUCACCUGAGACAGAGACGCCACCACCGGCGCUGGCGAGAGCCUGGGGUUGGGGCCACAGAUGCAGACUCGGAUGAGUCCCCCAGCUCCUCAGACACAUCGGACGAGGAGGAGGGCCCCGACCGGGUGCAGUGCAUGCCUUCCUGAGGCCUUGGACCCAGGAGGGGCGGGCCGGAGCUGCCAACCCCGAUCCUGCCUGGACAGCCCUUUCCUGUCUCAGGCCCUUACCUUCAGCAGAAACGCACUUUGGACUUUUUGCUUUAGAUAAAAGAAAGACCUCCUGGGAGAAAGACAGACCGGAGGGGGCGCGAACCUGCGGAGUAGCUAGGAGUAGGAGCCAGGCCCUGGCAUGGGCUCCGCGGAGAGGUGCAGAGGGCUCAGCAGAAACGGCCUCUCCCCAAAGCCUUGUUUUUUUUGGGAGGGGGGAGCCUAUUUUGUUAACUGGUUUGGGGUAGGGAAUGGGGUUUCCUUUUCUUUAAUCUCCCUUGUUUCUUGGGUGGGGGGCGGGGAUAACUGGCUGUUCAGUACCAAUGGGCCGGGGUGGGGGCGGUGGAUGUGCCGUUCUCUCUUUGGUUUAGGUUGUUGACCUUUUUCUUUAUGUUUUAAAAGUCUGUGACAGUUGCAUUCCCCUGCCCCCCCCCCCCCCCCCCCCCCCCCCCCCCCCCCCCCCCC